GUCAAAAAAAAAUAUUGCAAUGGCAGAUGAGAAGAUGGUACAGAAAGCUGUGCAUCCGAACGGAAACGACCAAGAGGUCGAAGAAAACAGCGUAGAAAUGGACGAAGAAGUUGAGGAGUGUAACGAACAAGAAUUCGAAGCUCUGAACGCUCAACUGGAUCAGCUGAAUUCAGCUCUGGAUUUUCUUGAAUCUAAAAACGCCAAUGUCCAUGCAGAAUUGGUAGAAUUACUAAAAUCAAAUCGUGAGACAAGAAAGCAAAUACAGGAAUCUCAGAAAGAGGAAUCGGCAGAAAACAGCAAAUGAGCAAUUCCAAAAUCAACCAGACACUGAUACACUCCAUUAUAUUUGUUAUUGUUUCAAGAGGUAUAUCCGAAUCAGAAUUUAGAUGAAAUUGCCAAUAUUUCCUAUUGUUCUGAAGGAAAAGGAGGAGAGUUGAGAGAUUUGUGUUCUCGAACUUGUUCAGUAUUUAGGGAUUAAGAAAAUGUAUUGUUGGAACUAGAGUUGAUAAAAAAUAUGUAUUUAUUCACUGGCCUAACGCUUAGUCCGAUCACUUUAACAAUCUUCGUGUAUAGUAUUGAUAUCAACGAGAAAAUGACUUUAUAAAAAUACAAAAAAAUUAUUGUAACAUGCAA